GGGAAAUAUAGAUGAGAGGGAUGAACGGGAGGAAAUAAGCUGAAAACUCGAAAUCAGAAUUGUGGACACAUUUCCCUUUUCACAUUUCUGAACAGUUUCCGGUCGAAGCUAUACUCCCAAUCUCUGAAUCUCCUGCUGCCCCCUUGAGAUCGAAGCGCUAACGAAUGGUGAAAAACCCUAAAUCAGAAGAUACAGAUACUUGGGCGUAAUCAUCAUCAUCAUCAUCAUCAUGUACAUAAAGCAGAUUAUAAUUGAAGGGUUUAAGAGCUACAGAGAACAGAUAGCUACUGAACCAUUCAGUGCAAAAGUGAACUGCGUUGUUGGUGCCAAUGGAUCUGGCAAGUCUAACUUCUUCCAGGCAAUACGCUUUGUCAUUAGUGACCUCUUUCAUAACCUGCGCAGUGAAGAAAGGCAUGCCUUGCUUCAUGAAGGUGCAGGCCACCAAGUAUUAUCGGCUUUUGUGGAGAUUGUGUUUGACAAUUCAGACAACCGAAUCCCGGUUGAUAAGGAAGAAGUACGCUUGAGACGAACAAUUGGGCUAAAAAAAGAUGAGUAUUUCUUAGAUGGAAAACAUAUCACGAAGAAUGAAGUAAUGAAUUUACUGGAAAGUGCUGGAUUCUCCCGUUCUAAUCCAUACUAUGUUGUGCAACAGGGAAAGAUAGCAUCACUGACAUUGAUGAAAGAUCCGGAGCGACUUGAUCUUCUGAAAGAAAUUGGUGGCACACGAGUUUACGAAGAGAGACGCCGAGAAAGUCUGAAGAUUAUGCAAGAAACUGGUAAUAAGAGGAAGCAAAUAAUUCAAGUUGUGCAAUACUUGGAUGAAAGGUUAAGAGAGCUCGAUGAAGAAAAAGAGGAACUUAAAAAAUAUCAACAGCUCGACAGACAGAGGAAAUCUCUGGAGUACAGUGUAUUUGAUAAAGAACUUCAAGACGCAAGGCAGAAAUUGGCAGAGGUUGAUGAUACUCGCAAUCAAAUUUCCGAGACAUCUACUAAGAUGUACGAAGACGUGUUGAAGGCACACGAAAGCGCUAAGAAAUUUGAGAAGUUGUCCAAAGAUCUGACAAAGGAAAUUCAAAUUUUAAGCAGGGAAAAAGAAGCUUUAGAGAAACAGCAAACAGGAGCUGUGAAGAAGCAUACUGAGCUUGAGCUCGAUGAGAAAGACCUUCGGGAGAAGAUCAGUGUGAAUUACAAAGCCAAGGACGAAGCAAUCAAACAACUUCACCUUUUGGAUAGGGAAAUUCAAGUGUCAUCUGAUAAACUCAAUAAGAUUACGACUUUGUAUGAGAAACAAGUUCAAGAGGAGGAUGAUUUAACAAAGAGUAUUAUGGAACGUGAAAAACAGCUUAGCAUUCUUUAUCAAAAACAAGGGCGUGCUACUCAAUUUGCUAACAAAGCUGCUCGUGACAAAUGGCUUCAGAAGGAAAUCAAGGAGUAUGAAAGAAUCUUGUCCUCAAACCAACAACAGGAGAGUAAACUCCGUGACGAAAUUAAUCAGCUACAUAGAGACAUAAAUACUCAGGAUGACAUCAUUAUGCAUCGUAAAAAUGAAGCAACAGAGAGGGAAGCUCUCAUAUCUGGUUAUCGGCAAAGUUACUCUGCCUUUAAAAAACAGAGAGAUGAGUUACAUGAUGAACGGAAGUCUUUGUGGGAAAAGGAGAGUGAACUUAGUGCUGAUAUUGCUCGACUUAAAGCAGAAGUUGUGAAAGCAGAGAAAAGCCUAGAUCAUGCAACUCCUGGGGAUAUUAGAAGGGGACUGAACUCAGUUAGGAGGAUAUGCAAUCAACAUAGAAUCUUAGGGGUGUUUGGUCCAAUAAUUGAGUUGCUUGAGUGUGAGGACCGGUUCUUCACUGCUGUUGAAGUUACUGCAGGAAACAGCUUAUUUCAUGUUGUGGUUGAGGAUGAUGAUAUAUCAACCCAAAUUAUCAGACAUCUAAAUGCAGAGAAAGGUGGGCGUGUCACAUUUAUUCCGCUGAACAGGGUGAAGGCUUCUAAAGUUUCUUAUCCACAGAACAAUGAUGUGAUACCACUUUUAAAAAAAUUGAAGUUUUCGGACACACAUACCAAAGCAUUUGAACAGGUGUUUGCUAGAACCGUUAUUUGCCGGGAUUUAGAUGUUGCAACCAGAGUUGCCCGCAUAGAUGGUCUUGACUGCAUUACUUUGGAAGGCGACCAAGUCAGCAAAAAAGGUGGCAUGACUGGUGGUUUUUAUGACCAUAGACGCUCAAGACUGAGGUUUAUGAAAACUAUUAAGCAUAACCAUAGUGAUAUCCAUGUGAAAGAAAAUGAAUUGGAGGAUGUUAGGAAAAAGCUUCAAGAUAUCCUUUUUACACCCGAGCUUCUAGUUUACUUUGCAUUUUACUUUUAUGCCCUUUUCUCACAGAUAGACCAGAAAAUUAAUGAACUAGUGGCUGAACAACAGAAGAAUGAUGCUAAGCUGGCUCAUGACAAAUCUGAGCUAGAACAGUUUAGGCAGGACAUUGCAAAUGCUGAAAGGCAGAAACAAUCCAUAGAUAAAGCUCUUGAGAAAAAGGAGAAACUACUGGCCAAUGUUUUGACCCAAAUAGAUCAGCUUAGAUCUAGUAUAGCCAUGAAACAUGAAGAGAUGGGAACAGAACUAGUCGAUCACCUGACACCAGAAGAGAGAGAAUCUUUGUCACGCCUGAACCCUGAAAUAACAAAUCUGAAAGAGAAGCUUAUAGCAUCCAAGGCUAACCGCAUGGAGACUGAAACAAACAAAUCAGAGCUAGAGAUGAAGUUAUCAACAAAUCUUGUAAGACGGAAGCAAGAGUUGGAGGCAGUCAAAGUGUCUGUAGACACUGAUGCGCUCAGUACUGAAGCUGAUUUAAAGGCACAGGAAGUGAUGGAGGCUCAUAAAUUGAUUGAGAGCUUGAACCAACAGCUUAAAAGGGUUUCUGCAAACAUAAAUGAAAGAAAUAUGAAGCUCAAGGAGAUCAAGGGUGAAAUAGACAAAUUGAAGGCUCAGGAAGAUAAGUAUCAGGGCACCCUUCAGGAUGAGAAGAGAGAACUGGAGCAACUCUUAAAUAAAAGGAACACCUAUGUCGCAAAACAAGAUGAGUACUCUAAGAAGAUUCGAGAAUUGGGCCCAUUAUCUUCUGAUGCAUUUGAAACGUAUAAAAGAAAGAACAUAAAAGAGUUGUACAAAUUGCUGCACAAGUGCAAUGAGCAGCUACAACAGUUUAGCCAUGUGAACAAGAAAGCACUUGAUCAGUAUGUAAAUUUCACUGAGCAGAGGGAAGAACUUCAGAGAAGACAAGCUGAACUAGAUGCUGGUGAUGAGAAAAUUAAAGAACUUAUAUCAGUACUGGAUAUGAGAAAGGAUGAAUCAAUUGAGCGUACAUUCAAGGGUGUGUCAAAGCAUUUUCGCGAAGUCUUUUCCGAACUUGUGCAAGGCGGCCAUGGGGUUUUAGUUAUGAUGAAGAAAAAGGAUGUUGAGGAAGACGAUAAUGAUGACGAUGAUAGGCCUCGCGCAGCUGAAGUGGAGGGAAGGGUUGAGAAAUAUAUUGGUGUUAAAGUGAAGGUUUCUUUUACAGGACAAGGAGAAACACAGUCAAUGAAACAGUUAUCUGGAGGUCAGAAAACAGUAGUGGCACUAGCUCUGAUCUUUGCCAUACAGCGAUGUGAUCCUGCCCCAUUCUAUCUUUUCGAUGAAAUUGAUGCUGCACUGGAUCCUCAGUACAGAACUGCUGUUGGAAAUAUGGUUCGUCGGCUAGCGGAUAUGGCAAGCACCCAAUUUAUAACGACAACGUUUAGGCCGGAGCUUGUGAAAGUUGCUGACAAGAUAUAUGGUGUAACACACAAAAACAGAGUCAGCCGAGUUAAUGUAGUCUCAAGAGAAGAAGCUUUAGAUUUUAUCGAUCAGGAUCAGUCCCACAAUGCUGAGUGAGGAAGCUGACUAGCUUUUGGUUGGUACAUAUAAAAGCAAGGCAAAGGCUUGUGCACCAAUCACUGGGAUACUUACUACCCUUAUCUAACAUGCAGCUUAAGUUUAUUCCCUUUGCUUCUUGUUAAAAUGUCCAUUGAGUCUUAUCUAAUCCUCUCAACAUAUGUUCAAAAUGACAUAAUGUAGAUGCCCAAAGUCUCUCUUGUUGACUAAAAAACAUUCAAUGGUAGUGAGAUCUGCAUAUUUGGUAAUGCAUAGUAGCAGAGUUCACAUUGUGUUCCU